AAAAAAAACAAUCACACGCCAAAUUCUCAUCUUGUUCUUCUUCCUGUCUCACCUCUUUCAAACCCCCCAAAACCUAUAGAUACACACCUAUACAUACACAAAAACAUAUACAUACAGAAUUACCUAUAUCUGUAUGCUAUAUGUGAGCAGCUACAAACUCAGAAAUGAAACUAUACUCACGGCAAAAACACAGGCCGGCAACGGCAGGUCCAAGGCUAGAAAGACGAAACGCGAUUAAAAACAUCGAUUACGACGCAUCCACUUCAUCUUCAUCAUCAUUUGACAACAAUAAUCAGUCGACGUCAUCAGCUCAUAGAACUCGAUCGCUGGAUAUUCCGGCUGCUGAUCGAGUAACUAGCUUUCGGAUUCAAGGUAUUGAAGGUGAAUUUGAUUUGAUUUGUAGACAAUUAGGUUUAGGUCCUGAUGAUUUUUCCAUUCCUGCUGCUGAUUAUGAAGCUCAUAGGGCUAGUUAUUCACCUAAGGUUUCGUAUUCGACUCCGGUUUUACUUAGUAAUAAUGAUUUAUUAGAUAAUGAUGAUAUGGAUACACGUAGAUCGUUUUCGCAUAGGGUUUCGUAUUCGACGCCGGUUUCGAUUAGGGAAUUGCCAGAGGAUGAUGAUUUUACUGUAUCUGCGGCUGUUUAUGAAGGUGAGUUUACGGAGAAUGGAAAUGAUUUGUUGGAUGUGGAUUUUGAGAGGAAGUUUGGUUUGUUGACAAAUGGAGGUAAUAAACAUGAUGAUGACGUCAACAAGGGUAAAGUUAAUGAGAACGGGUGUUUGGAAAGAAGUAUUGGUGGUGGUGGUGGUGGUGGUAAUAAUGAAACGGAAAAAGUGCAUGGGAUUAAGGGGGCACGGCCGCCACAGCUUGCUCCGCCGCCGGCUUUGUUGUCUAGAGGGAUGAUUGGGGAUGAUUUGGGAUCUAAUUGGGACUUGAUUAGGAGUUUUGCUCCGACGGAUAACGACUGUGUAAAUAAGGGGGUUGUGACUUCGAAUGAAGUGGAGAUAAGUGGGAUGAUUACAUCGAGAAUCGAUAGAAUGGUGUCACCAUCUGGUUCAGAGAGGUCGAGUGAUGUGGGUGAUGAGGAUGAAGGGUUAGGUAGGUCGGUUUCCCAGUUGCAGUAUUCUGUUUCUCCUAAUGGAACGUUUAGGUUAAGUAUUAAAAAUUGGCAGAAGGGUGAGCUUCUUGGAAGUGGUUCAUUUGGGACUGUUUACGAAGGUUUUGAUGAAUUUGGUUUCUUUUUUGCCGUAAAGGAGGUUUCUUUGCUUGAUCAAGGUAGCCAGGGAAAGCAGAGUAUUAGUCAACUUGAACAGGAGAUUUCUUUAUUAAGCCAAUUCCAUCAUGAGAACAUAGUUCGAUAUCUUGGAACAGAUACAGAUGAUGGCAAACUAUACAUAUUUCUUGAGCUUGUAACCAAAGGUUCUCUGGCAAAGCUCUACCAAAAGUAUGAACUGCGGGAUUCCCAAGUCUCGGCAUACACCAGGCAGAUUUUGAGUGGUUUGAAUUACCUGCAUGAACGUAAGGUGGUUCAUAGGGAUAUUAAAUGUGCUAAUAUAUUGGUUCAUGCAAAUGGAUCUGUGAAACUUGCAGAUUUUGGCUUGGCGAAGGCAACCACAUUGAAUGACAUAAAAUCUUGCAAAGGGACUCCCUAUUGGAUGGCACCAGAGGUUGUUAAUAAUCGAGCAAACAAGGGCUAUGGUCUCGCGGCUGAUAUAUGGAGUCUUGGUUGCACCGUGUUAGAGAUGCUGACUCGAAAAAUUCCAUACUACCAUUUGGAAGGGAUGCAAGCACUAUUCAGAAUUGGUAGGGGAGAGCCUCCCGAAAUUCCUAACACGUUGUCUACUGAGGCCCAAGAUUUCAUACUUAAAUGCUUGCAAGUAAAUCCAAAUGACCGGCCUACUGCUGCUCAGCUUCUGGACCACCCAUUUGUGAAGAAACCAGCUUCUUUGAACUCAGCGCUUGCUUCUCCACGCUACAGCGGUUCAUAGUCAUAGCAGCUUUGAUAACCUCCUGAAAGACAUGGGAAUAUUUGUUCUGGUUGGAGCUUGCAGUUAGAGAGCAAGCAAAUCUCGCUGGCUCCACCUGUGAAAGCAUGUACGGUCAGUCUAGUUAGAAUUAUGUUGUUUCCAUUUUGAUGCAUCUUUUUUUUUCAUGUCGUGUCUAUUCGGUCUCCUGCGUUAUGGUAAGUUGUAUUUGCAGAGGUGAAAGUCAUGUAAAGAGUGGCAUGAGUAGGCAUAUGUUUGUAGAUGAAUUUUGUAAAUAAUAUUGGACAAAAGGGAAAGAAAAGAGUGCAGAAAAAUUGUUUGAUUGA